UGGACUGGAUCUCAAACAGGCGGUGCGAGAAUCGUGUUUACAUUUUUUUUCCCCUUUUUGCCCUGCAGGCAGCUGACAGCCGGGAUAACAGCGCACUCAAGCCGUUGCAUGAGCAUCACGGGCAGGCGACACAGGCAGGACUCCGCCGGUCACGGCUCACGGUGACGGUGCUGUUUUCUCUCUCAGCCUUAGAUCUGACUGAAGGAGCUCCGUCUUUUUCUCACAGCAGCUGGUCGCAGACAUGAGCGGCAGAGUAGGAGACCUCAGUCCUAAACAGGCUGAGGCACUGGAGCAGUUUCGAGAGAGGAUACAAGACAUUCUUCCUCAACUUCCUGCGCAGCAUGACCACUUCCUGUUACGCUGGCUCAGAGCCAGAAACUUCAAUGUGCAGAAGUCUGAGGCCAUGCUGCGAAAGCAUUUGGAGUUCAGGAAACAGAUGAAAAUAGACACAAUAAUCACUGAAUGGCGUCCGCCAGAGGUGAUAGAGAAGUAUCUGUCGGGAGGGAUGUGUGGCUACGACCUCGAGGGCAGUCCCAUCUGGUAUGAUGUGAUCGGGCCGGUGGAUCCCAAAGGCCUCUUCCUGUCUGCCUCCAAACAGGACUUCAUCAAGUCCAAAAUCAGAGACUGUGAGAUGCUGCAGAAGGAGUGUAACCUCCAGUCACAGAGGCUGGGGAAGAACGUGGAGUCAAUCACUAUGAUCUACGACGUUGAAGGUCUGGGUCUGAAACACUUAUGGAAGCCUGCUAUAGAAACAUAUGGAGAGAUCCUCCAGAUGUUUGAAGACAACUACCCAGAGGGUCUGAAGAGACUGUUUGUUAUUAAAGCCCCUAAACUCUUUCCUGUGGCCUACAACCUCGUCAAGCACUUUCUGAGUGAGAACACGAGACAAAAGAUCUAUGUUCUUGGGGCGAACUGGCAGGAGGUUUUACUGAAGUACAUCGAUGCAGAGGAGCUGCCGGCGAUAUACGGGGGUAAACUGACGGAUCCUGAUGGAGAUCCUCGCUGUCGGACCAGGAUAAAUCAUGUCGGCCCCGUCCCCUCCUCCUACUACGUGCGGGAUCAUGUUAAGAUGGACUACGAGCAGUGCAUGACCGUCAGUCGGGGAUCCUCCCAACAGCUGGACUACGAGAUCUUGUUCCCAGGCUGCGUCCUCAGGUGGCAGUUUGCCAGUGAGGGGGCGGACAUUGGCUUUGGUGUGUUUCUGAAGGCUAAAAAGGGUGAAUGGAAGAAGGCAGCUCAGAUGGAGGAAGUUGUGCCCAGCCAGCGCUACAACUCCCACUUAGUGCCUGAGGAUGGAUCACUGACCUGUGAACGCCCUGGAGUCUAUGUGCUGAGAUUUGACAACACCUACAGCAUCUUCCAGGCCAAAAGAAUCAGUUUCACUGUUGAGGUCCUGCUGCCUGACCACUUACAGCCCCCACAGACCAAUGGGAGUCCCAGCAACCAUGUGCAAGCUGUCGGCAACAGUCAGUCAUAACCGAGAAGAUGACACAAUGUGCCACUUCCAGGUUGUCAGAUCAGUAAUGUUUUGCCUCAAGUAAGCACAGCCUGACAUACUUGAUUUCAACAGUAACCACGACAUGCUGCCAAUACACAGAAUGUAUAUUAAUAUUAUUGUGUCCGAAUGUUUGAAAGGAUUUAAACGUCUUCGAUGACCUCAUUUACUCUGCGCUGAAAAACAUUUACGAAACACAUUGAUCUCCAACAUAUGGAGGAGCACAGCAUCACAUUUCACUUACUUCUGUUAGGAGCCAUGAGACACGAGGACUGCCGGAAACAUCUGGUUGGCUGCUGGAUGGCAACGAUCUUCCUUCAAAGCAAAGAGAUAGAAAGCAAGUUAGCUAACAGUAAAGACGCAAACUAAAUGUUGUCAAGGGUAGUUCUUACAAAAUGAAUCCAAAUGUUUCAAACGGCCACCGAGCCAGUUGGGACCAUCACAGACUAAUUAAAUAUCAAAGAAUGAAACCAUUUUAAUCGUCUAUGUACAAAGGAAAAAGAUAAACAUAGUCUAUAGAUUUCUGUGUAUGUGGCAUAAAAAUGUACCAAAGAAAGUAAAACAACAGUACAGCAUUGGAUUUGAUAUUUAGAUGAUAUCUAAGUCCUGAGAAGAUGUGUAGUAUCUGCAAUGAAAGGUCCAUGGAAAAUGGAAUUUGUGAAGAUGUUGAUCUUUUACAGCGAAGAAGGUUUUGUUCUCGUUCUGAGCUUUUGCUGCAUCGUUGCCAUUUACUGUAUGUGUUGCCAUGUGCUGUGCUUUUCUUUCUUCAUGUUGUUGCAGAAAUAUUGACAGUACAAGUUCCCACAUUGAACAUCAAGUCACAAGUACAUGUGGAAACUUGGGGAACCAUUUGUAAUGAGGUUUAAACUGUAAAGUUUCAUUCAUCUCAUCAUUCAUUCCUCAUCUGUUUUGCCUCCAAUGAGCACAUGAGGGCAGGUUGUUUCUUUCACCAUCGACUUUCAGAUUUGCGGAUGACAUUCCUCUAAAUAUUUAUUUUUUAAUUUAUUUCUAGGAAAUGGUAGGUAAAAACAAUAUAUAAUUUAUACUAUUACAAUAUUAGAACUUAUGUCAGAUUUUUUUUUUCAAAUAAUCACUUUGUUUUAGUUAAAGAGAAUUAAUGUUUCAAAAAAUAUGCAGUAUUAAUACAGUUCCCGUCAAGUUAUUUGCAGUGACUGAAUAAAACUUGCUUUUGAAAACAUUGUUUGUCACUCUCACCAGACAGUUACCGAAUGUAGACUGUGGCUGGGUUUUUCACAGUAUAUUCACACUUAGAUUAUUAAAGUACUGAGAGUUGUUAAAAUAAAAUAAAAUAAAUAAUAAUCCGAACUUUACUAGAAGGAGCCCACAGAGGCAAGUUAGUUUCAAACAGCUGCCAUGGCCACACUGUAUAGACAGUAUCAGAGCUGUGUUGAUAUGAAGAAGGUUGCAUCAACAACUUUAAAGAAAUAAA